AUGAGAGGAAGUAUAGUUAAGGCUGGCCCUAUGGCCAGUAACGCCGUCCUCUCCCAUAUCGACAUGUCCACCCAUCUUGUUGUUUGCACCCACGGCGUGUGGGGAACCCGCGCCCACUUCAAUUACAUUGUGGAGCAGCUGCUGGAGACCAACUCCAAGACCAUGGAGUUCUACCAGGACGACUCCACCUGCAUCGAGGACUCGCUGGCUGAACUCAAGUCCCGCCAGGGAGACGUCGUGGUCAUCUAUCGAACGCGAGGCAACGAGGGCUACUCCACCUACGACGGAAUCGACGUCUGUGGCGCCCGUCUGGCCGAGGAAGCCGAGACUCUCAUUUCGCUGAUUGAAAACAACUCCGACAGAAAGGUGGAUCGUCUCUCAAUGGCAGGCUACUCCCUGGGGGGUCUGAUGUCGCGAUACGCCGUUGGUCUGCUGUACACGCGUGGAGUGUUCAAUCGAAUUCCUCCUGCUUCUUUCACCACCUUUUGCACACCUCAUGUUGGUGUUCGAGUGCUUGGAGAAAGCAGACUGGCCAGCGCCUUCAACUCCCUCGCAGGAUCGCUCAUGGGCAAGACAGGUAAGCAAUUGUUCCUGGAGGACCGAGUGCGAGUACGAGAAACCGCAAUGACCGACUCCAACCGAGAACAAUUCUCCAAGCCCAUGCCCUUGCUGGAAAUCAUGUCCUACGCCGAAUCGUCCUUCUCCAAGGGACUCGCAGCCUUCCAGCACAGAAACCUGUACGCCAACGUGGUCAAUGACUCGCGAACGGCGUGGUACACUGCAGGAAUCUACGAUUUCGACCCCUUUAAGGGUGUCAACAUGGAGUCUGUUACUCUGCCUACAGUGGAAGGCACCAAUGAGAUCAUUGUCGAUACCUCGCGUCUCAACAACAUCAAGCUGCAACAGUCGGACACCUCCAACCUCCUAGCUCCUCCGCCAGAGGCAAUCAAACAGCCUCCCGGAUGGCUGGAACGCCGGUUCCGAUGGGCAAAGGUCAUCUACAACAUUGCCGUCACCAUGCCCAUGUACGCCGUCACUUGGAUUGCGUCUGCCAUCUUCUACGGCAUCAUUUCCAACCGGCGUCGAGUGCAAUACGCCAAGGGCGAGUACUGGAAGAACAAUACUUCUGAUGACUUUGUUGGAGCUCUCUUCAACGGCAAGGUGCACUCUCCUGGCGACAAGUCAUCCGAGUCUUCUUCUUCUUCUUCUUCUUCUCAGUCGCACGGACACCACAGAUCACAUUCCCUGGAGGAAGGUGCGUUCCGUACGGCCUUGGAGGAUCAGGUGGACAAGACGAUGGACUCCAUGUUCACUGCCAUGGAGUACAAGACCACGGAGGGGGACACGUUGGAUCUGACCAAGACCAAGUUGGUGCUAUCGGACAGCCAAAAGACCAUCAUUGAGAACCUCAGUAAGCUCAAGUGGGAUAAGACCGCCAUCCACAUCCGUGCCACCAAACAGGCCCAUGCUGGUGCCAUUGUGCGUCAUCCAGACCCGUCCUUCUAUGAAGGUAAGACCGUUGUCAAGCACUGGAUUGACAACAAGGCCCGUCUUUGA